UAUUCGAAGGCGACAAGACGAGAUCGGAGCGGAUGGCUUCGUCGUUUGCAUCGGGGCUUCGCCUCUGGACUCCCGUUGGGCGGCGGAUUAUACCCCAGCGGUGCAGAGCUCUCGCCCAGGCCCCCGCGUGUUGCGGGAACCAUCACCCAUUUUGUUCUGGUCCCCCACUCUCCUUCUCCAUCAUCAUCAUCAGAUGUACGCACUCCAGUGUCGCAGUCUCAAACUACAGGAAGCAGCUGGCGACGCAGGAGGGAGCGAAUGAGUUCCUCUCCUCGCUGUCGGGGACACAGAGGUCAAACCUCGGCUCUGCUCUCGUCAGAGAGGAGGAGAGGGAGAAUGGGAAGACAGGUGAGGAGGAGAGGGAGAAUGGGAAGACAGAAGUGGUGCCACCGUCAUGGAAACAGUUGAGACUGCUCUGUUACCAGAACAUGCUGCCUUUCAUAGGAUUUGGUUUCCUUGACAACUUCAUCAUGAUCACUGUGGCGGACCGUAUCCAGGAGACGAUGGGAGUGAUGUUUCUGUCUCACGACAAUGGCGGCUGCAGGGAUGGGGAACAUGGUGUCCGAUCUUGCAGGACUGGGUCUUGCUGACAGAGUGGAUGCUCUGUGCAGGUCUCUGGGAAUACCUGACCCCCAGCUGACCUCUCCCCAGCUCUCUCUCGCCUCCAGCAGAUGGAUGUCCCUUCUGGGUCGCUGUGUCGGCAUCGUUGUCGGCUGCUUCCUCGGAAUGUGCCCGUUGCUAUGGAUACACACCCACGAACGUGACCACGCCCCUCAGUCAUCAUCAUCCAAUCAAGAUCAAUAGCACCAACAAUCAUAGACAAAUCAUCUUUUCUAUAUGCACAAUGUAUAUAUGAAAAAAUAGUUUUAUUAUUCAAAAAACUACAGUGGUGUGGGUGUGGUUUUUGGUGGGUGUGGCUAUCUGUGUUCAGAGGUCAAGUUCUGCUGGAGUCGAAGGUUGUUGUGUACUGCCUCGAAUGCCUGGCCCAGCGUCAGACAGAUGUCCUUGGCUUGAGACUAAUCAUUAGCCUCGUAGAUG